ACAUGACGGAAGCGCAAGGAUUAAGUUUGUGGAUUCGUCUUGGAACGACCCAUCCCCUGAGGACGUCAACGUUCCACCUGAAUUUAUGUCCCGCCUCGCGCAUCAUCUUAAACAGCAGUUUGAUAUACUCAUGGAUGUCAGGCAAAGCCAGAUCAAGUUUAUCCUCAAUGGUCAGCUUCAAAGGAUGGCUACUCGUCUCGAUAGGAUUGAUACAACUGAUGAAAAGCCACUCGUUAUCCGAUUUCCACUCUCUGAUAACAGAA